AUGGCCAACAGGUCGUUUUUCCCUGUCAUGCAUAGUGGUAUGUUCUGGAAAUCCGUUUAUCUCGAUAACAGUAGAUUGUGCUUUUUCCAUUUUCUUUUUCUUUUUUUAGCUCCACAACCAACAUCUCAAUUUCCUUACUCAAUGCUGCCGACUCAAAUGGCGUAUGACCCUAACCGGAGCGUAAGUGCACACCCUCCUCAAGCCAUUCCCCCAGUUAAUGGAAGAGCAGAAGAAUUCGAAUGGAUCGAGUACCUGAACGAAAGCGGAAAGUCUUAUUACUAUAACAAGGUCACCAAGCAGACAACAUGGGAUAAACCGGCUAAGUUUAAACCCGCGGCCAGACCUAACCCAGCAGUUGUAAGUGGUUUUUCCUUAAAUUCACAGUUUAGGUGAAUAAGUACAAUAUUAUUUUAUUCCAGACGGUUACACCGAAUAACGCGAUUUGGAAGGAAUAUAAAAACCCGCAAGGCCGAUGUUAUUAUCACAACCCGGUGACGAAUGAGACGACUUGGACCAAACCCGAGGGAUUUCAAAGUUGGUUUACAUAUGCUAAUCGCGUAAAAUUUUUUAGGAGAAAUUCAGUGAAGAUAUAAAAAUUUUGUAUUAUUUCAACAGCACAUUAUGUAUUUCUCUCUUGGUUUAAUAAGGAUUUCUUUAUCUAGAUGAAGCCCUAGCUAUCCCCGAGGAUGCCCAACGUGUUCAACCUAUUAACAACAACAAUAUACCUCCUGGAAUGCAAAACGCGUCAGCUUCUAUGCCGCAAUUGCCCCAGACGCAUUCGUCAACUAGUACCGACAUCGAUAAGGCAAUGGAAGCCACCUUAAAACAGUUGGCUCCCCCUAAUUCAACCGAAUUGAUUCCAGUGGAGACAACGGAUCCAGUGGUGGUUAAACAGAGAGCAUUCGAACGUUUCAAGGAGAUGCUGUUGGACAAGGUACGUUAUUGAUUUCUGUUAUUUAUGUUUCAAUUUUAGUACCAAGGAAACAAGAUUAACACAAACCAAUCUUGGGAUCAAGCUGUUCGUUAUAUUCAACAUGAUCCGAGAUUUGAUCUGGUGAAUAAAGUCAGCGAGAAAAAGAGAAUUUUCAAUGAGUGGAAAGCUCAGCAGCAGAAGGAUGACAGGGUAUGUGGUUUACAUUCGUCUUUUGGUGUUUGCAUAUCUGGAUAUAAUGUGUAAUAUUUUAUAGGAUGCUCGUAGAUUAGCGGUCCGGAGAGCCAAAGAAGAACUUGAAAAAUUUUUGUUGACCUCGGAAAAAUGCCGUCCUUCCAUGCCUUACCAAAGAGCUGAUAAAGUGUUCAGAGAAGAGGAGAGGUGGAGAGCAGUGACAGAAUCUGAUCGAAAGGAUAUUUACAAGGAUGCAAUGGCCAUGUUGAAGAAGAAACAGGAAGAAGAGCAGAAGUCUCAAAGAGAGAAAUGCCAGAAGUUAUUGAACGAUCUGCUGGACACUCUCCCAGAAAUCACUUACAGAACGACAUGGGCCCAAACUCAACGAAUCCUGGCUGCCAAUGAGUUCUAUCUGGAAAACGAUGAUCUCAAACAGAUGGAUAAACUGGACGCAUUAGAAGUUUUUAUGGAGUAUAUAAGGAAAGCUGAGAGAGAGCAUGCCAAAGAAAGAGAACAAGAGGAAAAAAUGAGAAGAAGGGAAUCGAGGAAAGGCCGAGAUGCAUUUUACAACUAUCUGGGCGAACUAAACAAGCAAGGUUGGUAUCUAAGAUGAUUAGUUUUUAUAUCUAAAUUUACUAACAUUUUAAUUUUAGGUAUAAUCAAAGCUAACAGCACUUGGCAGGCCUUAUUCCCUAAAAUUCGGAACGAUUCUCGCUUCUCUAGUAUGCUUGCUAACACUGGUUCGACUCCGCUGGACAUGUUCAAAUUUUUUGUGGAAGAUCUAAAGUCGGAAUUCGCUAAAGAGAAGAAGAAGAUCAAAAUUAUUUUGGAAAAUACAGGCCAAAAUGUGAAUAUGGAGACUCCAUUUGAAGAGUUUGAGAAGUGGAUUCGGUCUGAAGAUCCAGAGAAAACCAUAAGUCAUGCCAAUUUAAGAAUUUGUUUUGAUCAAUUGGUGGAUAAAGCGGUGUCAGAAGGCAAGGAUUAUGUUAGGAAACCUUCGUCGGGAAAGGUUAGUUGGAAAAGUUUGAAAAUAAAUUAUUGGUAUUUAGGAGAAACGGAAUGAAAUGCCACCUUUGACUCUCUUCGAACAAAUCUCUCCAAGAAUUACGGUGCGUUCAGAAUGGGAAGACUACAAGGAUAAGAUUAUGGCCGAAUUGGCUCUGUCGGACACCGAUGAAUUAAUGGCCGAGACUGCAUUUAAUGAGUAUAUUAAGGCUCUGAAAGAUUCAAAAGGAGAUGGGAAGGAUAUCAGUGAAGGUGAGGUUAGUGAUGAAGAUGAAGAAGAGAAGAAGGAACCUGCGGAAACCCCUGUCUCUCGGUCUAGGUCUAAAUCAAGGACAAGGUCGAGAUCAAAAAGUGUGGAAAAAGAGAAAACAAAAAAGUCGAAGAAGGAAAAGAAGGCAAAGAAAAGCAAAAAGAAGAAGGACAAGAAGCACAAGUCUUCAAAAUAUGAAGAUAUUGUAUGUUAUUUUUCGAGAUAUUAUUCCGUGUCCGUCUAUUAUGGGCAGAUGCCAUUACAGGGUGCGGCAAAAAAAUGGAAACUUUUUUCAUUGGGUCCUGACGCGAAAAUUUUUUAAUGCAGCACAAUUAUUUUCAUACCAUUAAAUUCUACGUACUUUUCUCUCCUAGACCUUACAAUUUCAUGUCCAUAUCGGUUUAUUAACAUUCUUUUUUUGAAUGUCAAACAAAGGGACCUCGAUUUUGGACCUGUUUUUUAAGCUGUUCGAAGUGCUAAUUUGCCCGGUAUAGAAACGACGUUGUGCCCAAAGUAAUCACACAAUGCAAGCAGCUUGUCAACAAUUUUAAGCGUCCAUUAAGUGAAAGAAAACGCACCGCCGUCACUUCUACCAGCCGCGAGGUCAUCAACAGCGAAAUCCGUCGAUUUGCAGAAAAAAUUGCCCGCGAGACCGGUACCAGCGACCGACCAAUCGGCCAAAUAGCUAAAAAUCAACCCAAGGUCUCCCCAUACAAGGUCUAAAAUGCCUAACUCCUCACCGGCAAGGUCAAGCCCGUACGCCUGAAAAAAUGCCAAAAAUUCAGACGUCGGGCCGCAGGUCCAUGAUGGGAGCGCAUUCCAUUCGCGGUGCAAUGUUUGGCGGGUUCACAACCAACAGAACGCCAGAAUCCGAUCCGGUGAGGCCCUCUGCACGUCGGCUAACGACGAACACCGUCAAAAACCGGGCCGUCAUCGCUUUAGGCGGAAUUUGUGCCAGCGGCAAGAAUUCCGAGAUUUUCGUGGACCAAGAGGGCAAAAUUCUAGCGCCGCGUUAACCUCGAUUUCCUCAUGCUUCUGCUGGCUCAGUAGAACCUUGGCAGCUCAAGUUUGGCGUUCCAACUUGACCGAGCGCCGGCUCACAGGGAAAAAGCGAGUUAAGACCAGUAAUGGGACCGAUUUUCCCGAUUUCACCCCGUCUGCGAAAAGUGCGCCUGCUCGCCGGGUAUGGAUCCAAUCGGCUAUAAUUUUUUUUUCAUUUGGAGGCCAGCACCUGUACUACCCGCCACAAAAGUUUUGAAUCGCAAAGUAAAUGCUGCGCCAUGAACGGGACCGAUUUCACCAAAAAAAGCUGCGGCCAAAUGCCCAAAAUUUUAAGUCGCGUUUGGAGCUCUAUAUCGCCACCAAAAGCAGCCCCGGUGAAACGGGUUGAAUAUGUUAUAAAUAAUGCUCUAUGUUAUUCAUGAUGACCGUCACAUUUGCGGAAUUUUGAUUGCUAGGAAAAAUAUAGCUAUGAAAACAAGUUUCCAUUUUUUUGCCGCACCCUGUAUAUGCAGAUUUCUGAAACCUUUGCAAAUAUCCUCAACGCCCUUGUAUCUUUGUAACAACGUUUUAUUUAGACUUAUUUUUCUUACUAAGUUUUUGCAUCGUAAGAUGAUUGACACCAUCGAAAUCUCCUAAAUCAACUUAAGAAAAAAGUAAAGAAUACAUGAAAUACAAUUUUUUACUGAUAUACAGCUGUGUUGAGGAUAUUUGCAAGGUUUUCAAAAAUCUGCCCAUAAUGGACCGUCGCCGAUUUUUCGUCUUUUGAUAGUUAUAAUAUUUCUAAGUUUUAGUCGUCUGAUGAAGACGCACGACCAAGAAGAAGAAGAAGAUCCGAUUCAGACAGUAGCGACCGAGUGAAGUCCAAAAAAGCCCGCAAAGAAAAGGUAACUUAAAAUGAAGUAAUAAAAUGUUGAGUAUUAUGUUUGUCCUCGAUUGAUACUACAAAUAAAUUUAAAGUUACAUUCUCUAUUUUAAUACUGUUUCAGCGUUGA